UGGAUCGCGGAUUCUGAUCGCGGGUUUGGGGGUGGAUUGCGGUUUGGGGUGGAUCCCUGGUUCGGGGUGGAUCGCAGGCUUGGGGCUGGGUGAGGGUGGAAAGGCCACGAGGAGCCCGGCGGCUCAGGAGUCGGUGGUGGGCGUCUGAGGAGAAGUCGCCACCAUGAGGAAGCUCUUUAGCUUCGGGGGACGCCUGGGCCAGGCGUUCCGGGGCUCCGACGACGACGAGUACUUCGGUCCCGGGUACCACGUCCGGGACUGGGAACUGCGGAAGAUCCACAGGGCGGCCCUCCAGGGCAAUGCUGCGGCGGUGGAGCGCUGCCUGAGGCGCAGGAGCCGGGAUGUGGACGCCCGCGACAGGAAGGACAGGACUGCUCUACAUUUGGCCUGUGUUUAUGGCCAUGUGGAAGUUGUCAGUCUGUUAGUGAGCAGACAAUGCCAGAUUGACAUCGGUGACAGACUAAACAGGACACCUUUAAUGAAGGCUGUACACGGCCAGGAGGAGAAUUGUUCCAUUUAUCUGCUGAAACAUGGCGCCAGUCCAAACAUUCAAGAUGUCUAUGGAAACACUGCCCUUCAUUAUGCUAUAUAUAAUAAGGGGACUUCACUGGCAGAAAAACUUCUUUCCCACCGUGCAAAUAUUGAAGCAAUAAACAAGUGGGACAAGAGACUUCCUUAUUGUCCCUGCCUUUUAGCCUUGGUGGUAAUUUACAAAGAUGAACACUUGAGCACCCAAGAUGCUUAUAGGCAUAAGCUAGAACAUGUAAAUGGUUAUUAUGUCUGCACUGACAGAACAGCCCUCAUGCUUGCGGUCCAUCAUAACUUUCCAAGUAUAGUCAGCUUUCUCCUUGAGCAAAAUAUUAACAUCUUUUCUCAAGAUAUAUUUAAACAAAAUGCUGAAGAUUAUGCUAUUUGUUGCGAUAUGAUAAGAAUAGUAGACGAAAACAUUUCAGAUGUGAAAAGCAGGAUGUACACUAAUAAAGAUAUAACGGAUUGUCAACGUUAUGGAAAAAAGAAGGAUGUGAAGUCUGAAAACUGCAUGUUGAAGAAAGAUAUUGCCAUACUCAGACAAAAAGUAUAUGCAAUAAAAAAUGACAGUCUCCAAAAGGAAAAGGAAUAUAUUCAGGAAAUUAUAAGUAUUAAAGGAACAAAUACUAACUUUCAAAAGAGCGUAGGACUCAAUGAGGAAAUGAUAACAAAAACAAUGUCCCAGUAUUGUCAACAGCUUAAUGAUCUCAAAGCUGAGAAUACAAGGCUGAAUGCAAAACUGGAGAAGGAAAAACACAGCAAGAAACGACUGGAAGCUGAAGUUGAUUCCCUCUAUUCUAGACUGGCUGUUGCUGUAAAUGAGCACAAAGAAAGUAUGCAAACAAAGGACCUAGAACUUACUUUACAAAGAACAAAAGAUGUUUAUGUACAAGAAAUAACGAGUUCUAAUAUUUCUCAACUAAAAGAUAAGAAUGAGUUGCUUAGUGUGCUAAUUUCUAAAGCUCGAAUGAAGUUUAAUACCUUAAAAGGUAAGCUCCACAAGACAAGAGAUGCUCUCAGGGAAAAGACAUUGGCUUUAGAAAGUGUAGAGAUGGACCGAAGGCAAGCACGGCAUCGAAUAAAGGAAAUGAAACAGAUGCAUCCAAAUGAAGAAGCUAAAAAGAACCAAUUCAUGGUAAAGCAGAACUGUGAAGAGAGAAUAUGUCAACUAGAACGUGAAAAUCUCUUGCUUGAACGACAACUAGAGGUUACUCAUAAGGACGGCAAUAAUAAAGAGAUAGUAAUUAAUAUUGAAAGAGGCUGUCUUGAGAGUGGACAGGAAGAUUUUCUUGAAGAGAAAAAUAAGGAAUUAAUGAAUGAAUAUAAUUAUUUAAAAGAAAAACUGUUUCAGUAUGAAAAAGAAGAAGCAGAAGAAGUAAGUAUGAAGAAAGAUAAAUAUUUUUAGUCUUCUGGAAAAAAAAUUUAAACAUUUCAUUCUGGCUAUAUGUUGAACCUAGCUCAAUAUAAAAAUGAAUAGAUAAAAAUAUGUUUACCAUACUGUAUAAUUCUAUUUACAUGAACCAUCUAGAAAAUACAUGUAUAGGGACAGAAAGUAGAUUAAUGUUUUUGUAGGGCUGGAGCUGGAAAUGGGUAGUGACUGCUAAUGGGCAUGAGGGAUUGUCCUGGAGUGAUGAAAAUGUUCAAAAGUUGGAUUGUAGAGAUGGUUGUAUAAGUCAGUGAAUUUGUUAAAGUACGUAUGUUAGAGUUAAACAUGUAUUUAGAGUUAAACAUGUAAUAAUAUUUAAAUAUUA